AUGCCCUCCACACAGAUGUUCGUAGUGUUGGUAGCAAUAGCAGCUCUUGCUAUCGCUGAAGCUGCCCCGGGACUAGGUGGAGGAGGCUAUGGUUUGGGCUUCGGAGGAUAUAGUGGAGGCUACGGUGGAGGUUCCGGUGGAGGAUUCUCAGGCGGUUUCUACGGAGGUUCCGGAGGCCAUGGUGGAUAUUCUAGUUAUGGCUACGGGCCAGGGCUGAGUAUUGGUCUUGGAGGUAGCCAUGGUGGAGAUCCAAAACUUUUUGAAGAACCAACAUUAACUGAACCUUUACCUGCCACAGAACGUAAGUCUACCACAGAAUCUGUAGCUACCACAGAACCUAAAUCUACCACAAAACAUAUAUCUACGACAGAACCAAAGGCUGUCCUGUAUCCCUAUGUGGAUGGUGAUGAUGACGAAGAUGAUAAUGAUGAUUCUAAUGAUGACCAGGAUGAGGAUGAUGAGGAUAAUGAUAACAAUUUAAAAAAUAGAAAAUGA